AAAAACGGUGGUGUUUCAUUUUUUUAAGAAUUUUUUUUGUAUAAAAAUCUACUUAAUUUCAAGAAGAGUAAAAAUCAAGGAAAUUUAAUAUAGUUGAGAAAAAGCAUAAUAUCAAAAUAUUUGAUAUAAAUAUUCGAAGCAAAGAAAUAUGAGGAAAAAAUUAUUUUAAUUAACGGUAGCUGUAAGUAGCAGACAUCGAAAAAAGGAGGAGCACACAAACACAGAGAACGGAAAGAAAUGAUAUGAAAAUAAAAAGAUGUUUGAAGGCGUGGAAUUAAGUUGUGAAUGAAUGGAUAACAUUAUGUUUUUAAGGCAGACAUUGUGGCGCUAAUUGAAUUUUGAGGCAACUAAGGAAGAGUGUACUUGCAACGGACAGAUUAAGAAAGCAGACACAGCAGGUAGCUAUAUCAUGGGAACUAUAGCUUCAGUGCUACAGUGGUCAUGCACGAAUUGUAAUAUUAUUAAUCCUACCGAAUCAUUAAAAUGUCUCAACUGCGGCACAGUACGCAAAGUGUGCAGUGUAAGCACUUUAAGUGGAACCAGAAAAUUGACUAGCAAUGAUCAAGGGUCUGUUAGCAAUCAUAAAAUACCGGCUGAAAGUAAACCGACCGCGGUAUCGACAACUGAAGAUGAUAAUAAGGAAAAAGAGCUGCUGCUGACGAUUACUAAUCAAGCCAUCAAAGAAAGUGAACGCGAAGAAACGUUGGUUAACAGAAAUGAACUGAGCAAACGCGGUGUUUAUAAAUCUUUGUUACGUGGCUGCCUUAAAAGACCGCAACGUAAUCAACAGAAUUUGCCGGCGAAUUGUGUCGAUUGUGAGAAUACACGAAAGUACGUGAAAAAUUCAAUUGAAUUAUUUCAUCAUUUCUCGAAUCCAUCGUUGAAUCGUCGCUGGAUUUGUGAUAAAUGUGAUUCCGAUAAUAAUUCAGUUACGUGGCAUUGCGUUAUCUGUGACACUGUUAGCUAUUUGGCGCCUAUUUACAAAGAAACUCUUAACCAUCGGAAACUUAGUCAUCAUCAUCAAUAUCAUCACAAACAAUCGAGCUUUGACGGCGGCCAAAAUCCGGAUAAGAAAACGAAACGUCUUAAUAACAAGAAAGCCAACUAUUUUCGUCGCACGCAAAGCUUAACAACCGAGAAAUCAUUCUCAUGCCGUAGUUGUCACAUAUGCUUCGUUAAUAGUCGUAAAGAUAUUUUCAAUUUACCGGAUACCUUUAUGCACAAAUAUUCCAGUAGCGAAACUCAGUCAGGUUCAGAUGAAAUAUUUGCUCCUAUAGGUAGAGCAGCAACCGCGACAUUCAAGGAGCAACCACAAUUUCAACAGGAAUCAUCGAGACGUCUAAAUCAAUUAGUGGGUGGCAAAGAUACAAUUUGCCGUAAGCAUAAUUUGCAACGUGAACCAAAGUGCAAUUUUACAAUAACCACAUUGUCACGCUCCAAUAAGACGUUAAAUGAUACACAAAAUUUCACCAUCCCACACAAUAGUGUGUUCAUUGCUGUUAAUGAUUGGGCAACGCAAGUAGAUGGUAGUCAACAUAAUACCACAAUUAAAAGUGCUAUCGGGUCCUCUGCUACGGCUGCUACUGCUGCUACGGCUGAUGAAAGGCGACGUCAACGUCAUCCGGUGAUAAAAGCGGAAUCACUGCCGCAAUAUUGUGAUAGAACUGACAGUGUCGAUCAUAAGACUCUGCAGCGACGUAGUUCCAAUGAUAAUUAUGCCACAUUUAGUAAAGGCAUGUACAAGCCUCAACAUAUAUACGAGAAUGAUUGUAUUGCUCAACGUGCCGGUGGACGCAUAUCCGCUGUUUUGCCCUUAGUUGGAGGUGACGAUGCCAGUAUUAUUGGUGUUGAAGCAUCCAAUCAGCCCAUUUACGCUGUAGUCAAUAAAAAUAAUAAAUCAAAAAAGCAAUUAAAUGAAUUUAAUGCAAUUGCAAAUGCGACAACAGCCAUACAUCCAAUUAAUUUAUUAAAUAAUAACGGCAAUAACAGUAAUAACAGUAAUAACAAUAGCAGUAGUGGCAACAGCAGUAAUAAUAUCAAUAAUCAGUUUACCAAUAGCACCUCUUCUAAACUACGGACGGGUAAUAAUCAUACGACAAAUUCCAAUAUCGCAUCAGAUAUCAUGGGCAAUAUGUUGCAAACCGAAACGACAAUAUUAGAUGAAACUGCAUCAUUCAUACCACGUGUUGACAGCACCACUACUGGCUCGCAUGAAACGAUGAUCACCACAGCAACAAUUACAGCCGAUACUAAAACUGAUAACAAUGCCGAACAUUCGAUAUACGCGAAAGUAUGGAAAGGACCUCGCAAAACGAGCGAAUCGAAAAUAUUGAAUGUGUCAGUUCCGAUCGGCGGCCGUGUACCUGGAAUACCCGGAACUGUUGUUGCUAUUGGUGGGGUCGGUGGUAUUGUCGUCUCGCGUACUGACAAUAACUCCAUACCGAAUUCACGUCGCAUGUGGACCUGCACAAACUGUUCCUAUGCAUACAAUCGUAUGUGGACCGAACGUUGCGAAAUUUGUGAAACGAUACGUUUACAACCAACGGUAACACAACCCAGUUUAAUUACGUUGACGAAGGCUGAUAAUAUAAUGGCAUCAUCAUUAACAACAACAUCAACAGCGACAACUAUAACUAACACAAACAGCGCAACGACACCCACCACUGAUAAUCCGGUCCGUGCUGGUGGAGAUCAAUGGACUUGUAAAAAAUGCACUCUUGUUAAUUCGGUAUCGGAUAACGCUUGUGUAGUUUGUGGUGGAUCAAAAUUGAAAAGUAUAUCGUCUAUUGAAGAUAUGACGUUGCGUAAAGGUGAAUUCUGGACAUGUGGUCAAUGCACUCUAAAGAAUUCUUUGGCAACGGGUGUUUGUAGUGCCUGUAAAGCUGUGCGUUCACUGCCAAUCGAAAGUGACCGAGACCGCAUUAUGGUAGCUGCGAUUCCUGAGGAGCAAUUGCGUCAUUUAAAUACGACGCUUCUUAAUACAGCUUUACAUAGCGGUUCAGGUGGUAAUAUAUUUAUAGCUGAGGCGAUUUCUCCUAUGGGUUCUCAUAAUACGAAACCUCCAAGUACUGCUGCCAGCAACAGCCAUAAUGUCGGCAGCAAUAAUUUACAACUUCCGCCUAUACGUACAUCACGCAGUCCUUCACCACGUCAGAAUCGUUCUUCAUCGGGUGCCAUACCCAAACGUCAUAGUACUGGCAAUACCGUAACUGGAAUAAUGCCACGUGUCAAUCCUUGCUCAACAACAACCGGUACAAACUCACCGUCGUCCUCUAACGCUUUAAGUUCGAGUAUUAAUCAACAGCAACAACAACAACAACAACAACAGCAACAGCGUCAUAAUGCCAGCAGCAAUAUAACUGCAACAACUACCACAUCGUUGACAACUAAAACUUGGCAAUGUCCUGCUUGUACAUAUGAAAAUUGUUCUGCUUCGGUAGUUUGUGAAAUUUGUUCUAGUCCGCGAGGCUUGGCCAAUGCUUUAACAGAUUUAGUCCUCUUACAAAAAUCCAAUCGCCUGACAACCGACAUACGUCAAGAAAGCAAAUUAAUGGAGAACCUUAGGCAGAUUGAGGAAACUGAAGCUUUACACAAGUGGGAAAAUAUCAUACAAUACUGCCGCGACAAUAAUGAACUAUUUGUGGACGAUUCAUUUCCGCCAGCCCCAAAAAGCCUUUACUAUAAUCCUCAACAAAGUAUGGCCGAAGGUAAUCCAGUUGUUCAAUGGCGUCGCCCUCAUGAAAUUAAUUGCGAUGGUGGAGCGUUUCCGCCAUGGGCAGUGUUUCGUACGCCACUGCCUUCCGAUAUUUGCCAGGGUGUUCUCGGCAAUUGCUGGCUGCUUAGUGCUUUAGCCGUGCUCGCUGAACGAGAAGACUUGGUCAGAGAGGUGUUGGUCACUAAAGAGAUUUGUCCGCAGGGUGCCUAUCAAGUGCGUUUAUGUAAAGAUGGCAAAUGGACAACAGUGCUUGUAGAUGAUUUGCUGCCGUGCGAUAAACGUGGACAUUUAGUUUACUCGCAAGCGAAGCGUAAACAAUUAUGGGUACCUUUGAUUGAAAAGGCUGUAGCAAAAAUUCAUGGCUGCUAUGAGGCACUAGUUUCGGGACGCGCUAUCGAGGGCUUAGCUACACUAACGGGAGCUCCGUGCGAAAGUAUACCUCUGCAAGCCAGUUCGUUACCAAUGCCUAGCGAAGAUGAGCUAGAUAAAGAUCUCAUUUGGGCUCAAUUGUUGAGUUCACGAGGUGUACGCUUUCUAAUGGGCGCUAGUUGCGGUGGUGGUAAUAUGAAAGUCGACGAAGAAGAAUAUCACCGCAAAGGAUUACGGCCACGGCAUGCUUACUCCGUAUUAGACGUCAAGGAUAUACAUGGCCAUCGUUUGCUCAAACUCCGCAAUCCGUGGGGUCAUUUCUCAUGGCGUGGCGAUUGGUCCGAUGAUUCGGAUUUGUGGACAGAAGAAUUACGGGAAAUUUUAAUGCCACAUGGAGCCUCGGAAGGGGUAUUUUGGAUAUCAUUUGAGGACGUUUUAAAUUAUUUUGAUUGCAUUGACAUUUGUAAAGUACGGUCUGGAUGGAAUGAAGUACGUUUACAGGGCACACUACAACCUUUAUGUUCGAUGUCUUGCGUUUUACUUACCGUUCUCGAGCCCACAGAAGCUGAAUUCACCUUGUUUCAAGAGGGACAAAGAAAUUCUGAAAAAUCACAACGGUCUCAGUUGGACUUGUGUGUGGUUAUCUUUCGUACACGCUCGCCGGCUACGCCUGAGAUUGGUCGCUUAGUUGAGCACAGUAAACGACAGGUACGAGGAUUUGUAGGCUGUCACAAGAUGUUAGAACGUGAUAUUUACCUGUUGGUGUGUUUGGCGUUUAAUCAUUGGCACACUGGUAUUGAAGAUCCUCAGCAGUAUCCUCAGUGCAUAUUAGCCAUACAUAGCUCAAAACGUUUACUUGUCGAACAGAUAACGCCACCUCCACAUUUGCUGGCCGAUGCUAUUAUUAGUUUAACACUUACAAAAGGGCAACGUCAUGAGGGGAGGGAAGGAAUGACGGCUUAUUAUUUGACUAAGGGCUGGGCGGGUCUUGUUGUAAUGGUAGAGAAUCGUCAUGAAAACAAAUGGAUACAUGUUAAAUGUGAUUGCCAAGAAAGCUAUAAUGUGGUCUCGACGCGAGGUGAAUUGAAAACUGUUGAUUCUGUACCGCCACUGCAAAGACAAGUUAUUAUUGUUUUGACACAACUGGAAGGCAGUGGCGGCUUUAGCAUUGCCCACCGUCUAACACAUCGUUUAGCCAACUCACGUGGUCUUCAUGAUUGGGGUCCGCCGGGAGCAACACACUGUCCACCCAUAGAAACAGUACACGGUUUGCAUGCACCGCGACUCAUCACUUAAUUUCAGCAUUCACCCGUAUUUUCUAGUCGUCAGUGAGUUUUUAUUUUGAUAUAUAUUAUUUUCUAUGUAUAUUUUUGCAGACAAACCAAAAUUUUCUAAAAAAAAAAAAAACAAAAACAAAAAAAAACAAAAAAAAAAAAAAACGAAGCCUAUAAAUACUUUAAAUCCAUACACUACUAAUGCAUAGACAGACAUUGUAUAUCAUUAAGAGUAUUUAUUUCGUAUUAUUUAAAGAAAAAAAAAAACAAAAGCAACUAAGGAACAAAAAUGAGAUUCUGUUUCACAUCAUUUC